AAAGGAACGCUGGCGUAAGCCUACUGGAACAAGAAGAGGACUUUUUAGCUGGACUUGUUAUAAACGGUGACAUUCGUUUCUUGCAGCGUGAGUAAACCGAUGACAGUUGCAGCGUUGGUGGACGGGGAAGCGCCGGAACACUUUGCAGGGUAAAUGCACAGCCCUCAGGAAACAGCUUAUUAAGAUCAUAGUCGGAUGAUGUUUCCAUGUUGUGUGCAAAAUAUCCCACUUCCGACACUAAUUUGUGACGUACAACGGCAACAGUCACUCACGAAGAAGGAAGAACGUGAAAGGGUCGUGAGAGGUGUAUAUUCUGACUUAGCAAAGCUUGAAAUUACAAGUGUUUCAAACUCUGACGGUCUGUAGUGGUUUCUGAAAGUUAGUCUUUCAUAUGGAUGUAGUUGGUGAAAGUUCACGUAUUGCAGAAAAGGUUUCACUUUCAACAUAUUGUCGUCUACUAGAAAAAUUGGCAUUGACCAAUGGGGUCAAGGCAAAAGAAAGAAUACUUUCCAAAUUUAUAUCUCUUUGGGAGGAACAAUAUCUGAAUCUGAAACCAAGGAGUCAAUUUUCAUCUUGUGGUCGUGCUAGUCUUUAUUUAUUAUUACGUUUGCUGAUUCCAUCACAUGAUAGAUUGAGAAAAGCCUUCGGAUUGCGUGAACACACACUUUCGCGGUUAAUUAUCAGAGCUAUUGGCCUUGCACCGAAUGGAUUAGCCGCGCGUAUACUAUUAAGAACGCAUACCACUCCUAUCCGUCGACAUUCUGAUUUUGCUGAUAUAGUAUAUGCAGUGCUCAAAUCUCGAUGUCGUGAGGAUAGUAUUUUAUCUGUGAAGGAUAUUAACAAUCAUCUUGAUGAGUUGGCUGCUGCUUCAUCACCUGAUCAACGAUUGGAUGCAUUACGUUCAUUGUUGCAUUCAACCACUGCUAUUGAACAAAAAUGGAUUGUACGUCUUAUUGUAAAGCGAGAUUCUGGUUGUGGUCUAAGUGGAAAAGAUGUUCUCAAAUGUCUUCAUCCUGCUGCCAUCUCUGUUUUUGAAGUCACUCAAGAUCUUCGUCUUCUAUGUGAACGGAUUGCAGAUGUACCAUGUUCAUAUGCAUUUGUUUCUAAGGAGACGAAUUCAAAUAAUGUAACUCUAUUUAUUCCAUUUCGUCCUAUGUUGUGUGAACGGGCUAACAGUGCUGAUAUGCUUGUUUAUGCAGUACAACAAUUAUAUGGUAAACAAAAUCAGUGUAAUAUUAAAGGAUUAAAUCUUCUUUUUGAAACAAAAUUCGAUGGUGAACGAGUUCAGCUUCAUAAAUCAAAGAAUUCUUAUCGAUAUUGGUCUAGAAAUGGUUUAGAAUGGACAGCAAGUUAUGGUGAAGAUGGUUGUCGAGAUUCGGAUAGAUUAACUGGUCAACUUCAUUGUGGUUUUGCCAGUCAUGUAGAUAAUUGUAUAUUAGAUGGUGAAAUGAUGAUAUUCAGUAAUUGGUCCAGUUCAGUUAUGUCAAAACCGACAAAAUUCGAUGUGAAACGCAGUGGAUAUCAAAAUCCUGAAACUGAUAAUUAUCAACCUUGUUUUGUUGUAUUUGAUAUACUCUAUUUGAAUGGACAGCUAUUAACUUCAAAGUCAUUAUUGGAGCGUAAGAAACUUCUCUUAGAUAUAUUUCAGUUGAACACCUCAGGAUUGGAUAUGGAAUCAUUUUUACAAUGUAGUAAUACCGAUGAUGAUAGUGCAUUAGACUACAAGCCUAUCCCUGUUGUAAAUGGUUGUCUAUAUCUUUCAAAAUGGUAUAUCUCCACACCAAGUCAAUCAGAAGUUGUAAAAGCCUUCAAUCAUCUUGUUGACAAUCAUCAAGAAGGUCUUAUUGUCAAGAUAGCCAGUUCUCCAUCACCUUAUCAACCUGGUGUUAGAAAUGAUAGUGGUUGGUGGAAAAUUAAACCGGAUUAUAUACAUGGUUUACUAGCCGAUUUAGACUGUUUAAUUGUUGGAGGUUAUUUUCAUCAUCAUGGGAAUAAAUUGCUAGCUAGAAAUCGAAUCAGUCAUUUUUUAUGUGCAGUUCGUGGUGAUGAAGCGUAUGAAGCAGCUGAUUCAUCAAGUGGACAGGUGAAAUUAACGCGGUUUUACACUUUUUGCAAGGUGAAAUCUGGAUUAACAAUUAAACAAUUCAAAGAAAUUGAUAAUUUAUUAAGAAAACAUUGGAAGGUCUAUGAUAGAAAACAUCCAAAUACUGAUUCCACGGAAUGGUUAUGCGUGAAUACAGAACGUCCAGAUGUAUGGAUUGCUCCGAAAUCUUCACUUGUUCUACAGCUUCAUGGUGCUGAACUAAUCCAAAGUGAUUCAUAUUCUGCUGGAUUAACACUACGAUUUCCUCGUGUUGUGGCUAUACGUCAUGAUAAAAGUUGGCGUGAUUCACUGACAAUGAGUGAAUUGCUUCAGUUGAAUAGUGAAACACAGGGUAAAUUAGCCACAAAACGACUGUCACUUGUGCCAACAUUUUCUGGACUUACAGAAAAUGUCAGUGAUCAACAAUUGUCAUCAUUAUCAAGCUCAAACAGUAUUAUUGAUAACAGCUCAAUUAUGAAUCAAAGUAGUGGAUAUUAUACAUUAGAUGAAAGCAUAGAAGAAGAAAAACAAAAAACAACUGAACAGUCUAUGGAUGUUGAUCAACCCUUGGCUACAUCCUCUCCUGUUAAACAGCGACGAGGAGUUGAUAUCUCUGAAAAACACUUAAAUUAUUUCGAAAGUCAUGAAAUAUGCCUUUGGCUGUCAAAUGAUGUUGAUUUAGAGAAAAAAUCGGAGUAUGAAAAUAAUAUUCGUGCUUAUGGUGGUAUCGUUGUCCAGAAUCCAUCUCCCAAUACAUUUUGUAUUGUUAUUGACAAAAUUACAUUGAAAGUUAAAAAUCUAUUGAAUUAUCCGAGUACUUCUCGGAAACCCACUUUACCUGUCAUUAAGCAUAAUGUGGUUCGCUUAAAUUGGUUAAUUGAUUGUUUCAAUAAGAAGUCAUUACUAGCCUGGAAACCAAAAGAUAUGUAUUCAAUGCGGCCUUCUGUUGCUGAUAAAUUAGCUCAAGACUACGAUAAAUUUGGUGACAGUUACAGAGAGCCAACUACAUCGGAUGAGUUAAAAUUAGUUUUCGAUGAUAUUUCUUGUUCCACGUCAACUGAUGAAGAAAAUAAAACAACAUCGAAACUAGUUGUACCUAAACUCAAUCAUUAUUCAAAGUUAAAGCUUUUGUUAAAUGAAUUUAAAGGAGAUACUGAUGUUCUACAUCCAAUGACAGGAUAUAUUUUAGCCCUUAUCCGUCCAAUAUUUAAUCCAAAUAAAGAGGAACAGACGGUCGAUUCAUUCGCUUUAGAACUGCAACAACAAUUAAUGAUAACUGAUAUGCGUAGACUCGGUUGUCUGUGUAUAGGACCAAUUUGUAUUGAUAAAUCUGAGUCAAUUUCUAAUUUACAGUCACUUCUAAAUUCGGCUUAUCAUAAUUUUUUAUCUGUGGAUUCGCAUACUACUGAUUGUGUGAGAUCAAUUAAUAACAAGUGGUGUAUCAAUCCAACACAUAUUGUAAUGCUGUCGUCUUCAUUGACAUCGUCGCAACAAGUGGAGUUGAAUUCUUGGCUAAAUGAAAAUUAUUCAACAAUCAUUGGCUGGAUAAAUCAAUUUACUCGUGUUCCACAUUUUGUUAAAGAUACCUGGAUGACUGAAUGUAUUGAACAAAAUAGUUGGUCUUCAGAAGUGAAUCAUUCACUAGUGAGAGACAAUGACUAACUGAAAAUUUUAUUUUAUAAUAUGCAUACAUACAUUCAUAUUAUAUUUCAAAUGUAAAUUCAUAUAUGUACAUCCUUCUUUGUAUUAACUUCACAAUACUGCAUCCUGAUUUAUUGUAUUGUGUUGUUUUUUUAACAUAAUUUUUCUUUUCGUCUUUUC